UGUUUUCCCAGGAAGUUGAUGAUGUGUAUUUACAAGAGGUUCGUAGCUACCUGAGCAGCGCUUUAGCUACUUAAUGUAUCUUUAGUCUACAAACGAUAGUGGUUACUUAGAGACUGAUACAUUUAUUUAACAUUUUCACGUAGCUUGUUUGAUUUCUAGUCAAGAAUGGUGUAAUAAGCUGUUCCUCGGCUAGCCUAACUCGAAUAGAUGGGGGACGUGUCACUUGAGAAUGGAGGAUACUAUCAUCAGUGAUGAUGGCUUCAUUAACGGUGUGGUGGCGUUACACAAGUGGCCAUCUCCUUGGCGGAUGGGGCCCGCUGCUCUGCCUGUUCCUGGGCUCUAUGGUGGCGCUGUUGAUGCCAAUGGUGGGGGUGGAGGACCAAUGCUGUAUCACUCUAAAGGGGAUUGCCCAGUUGCACUGCCAGCUAUGGGGUAAAACUCAUCGCCCCACUGUCCAGUCCACCAGCCUCACUGUCCCCUUUACAGCCCUCGAUCUCCUGCCCCUUAGGGCCAAGCCCAGUAUAGAGACCCAGCUGGAGGCCAAGGCAGCGCUGCAACAGGCUGUGGAGAUGAAGAAGCAGGGGAAGAGGGAGAAGGCCCACAAGCUGUUGGUGCAUGCACUCAACAUGAACCCAGACUUUGUGGAAGCUCUGACGGAGCUGGGGACCAUUCUGGAAGAGAAGGACGUUGUCCAGGCGGACCAUCUGUAUACCAAGGCCCUGGCCAUCUCACCAUGCAACGAGAGGGCCCUGGUGAGCCGUGACCGCACACUCCCCCUGGUGGAGGAGAUCGACCAACGCCACUUUGGGGUUAUCGACAGCAAAGUACGCAGGCUGAUGUCCAUCCCCAAGGGUAACUCUGCUCUUAGACGUGUCAUGGAGGAAACGUACUACCACCACAUCUACCACACAGUGGCCAUAGAAGGCAACACACUCACUCUGUCUGAGAUCCGCCAUAUAAUUGAGACUCGCUAUGCCGUGCCCGGCAAGAGCCUGCAGGAGCAGAACGAGGUCAUUGGUGUGGACGCGGCCAUGAAGUACAUCAACACCACGCUGCUGUCCCGAGCUGGGGCCAUCACUGUCAAUGACAUCCUGGAGAUCCACCGGCGCGUGCUGGGCUAUGCAGACCCUGUGGAGGGUGGGCGGCUGCGUACCAGCCAGGUGUUUGUAGGCCACCACAUCCCACCCCACCCACAGGACCUGGAGCGCCACAUGCUGGACCUGGUGCAGUGGCUCAACUCAGAGGAGGCCCUGCAGCUGCAUCCUGUGGAGUAUGCAGCACUCGCCCACUAUAAGCUGGUGUACGUGCACCCCUUUGUGGAUGGGAACGGACGCACAUCACGGCUGCUAAUGAACCUGGUGCUCAUGCAGGCACGCUACCCACCCAUCACCAUCCGCAAAGAGCAAAGGUCCGAGUACUACGCCGUUCUGGACACAGCCAAUGAAGGCGACGUCCGCCCCUUCAUCCGCUUCAUAGCCAAAUGCACAGAGAUCACCCUGGAUACCCUGCUGAUCGCCACCACUGAGCAUCCUGUGGGGCUGCCUGGCACCAGCCACCACCAAGCCUGUCCAAACUGCAAACAAACCAUACCUGUCCACAACAGUGAGAGGGGACGGGAGUGAGCUGGGCAGGAGGGUACAUGACUGUUUGGAUUUUGAUUUAAUUGAUCUAAUUUGGGGUUAAUCCUGCUUUAAGUGUAAAGAUAUCAGUUGAUAUACAUAUUACUAAUAGCAGCCCUGUGUCAAAAUGAUAGCAUGACCUUGCAAUUUCCCAGUAGAAAUGUGCAUCUUUACAUAAAACAAAUAUUCUCAUGGUUUAAGAUUUCCUCAUACCAGGUAGAGGUGCAGGUUAGUGGAGGCUGCUGAGGGGAGGGACAGCUCAUAAUAAUAGCAUCAAACCAUGUGUUUGAUACCAUUCCACUCCAGCCAUUAUCAUGAGCCUGUCCUCCCCAAUCAAGGUGCCACCAACCUCCUGUGGUGCAGGUGUUUGAACUAAUUAUGCUGAGUUGUGAUUUAGAAAACUCAAAGGGUCAUGAAUUUGUUGACUCAAAUGGGGCUGUUUCAUACUCUUGGCCAUGCUACUUAUUGUUUUUAGUGCCGUUUCUAAAGGACAUUUAGGCCUAAACUGCAUUUCACCCAUCUAUCAGUGAACUCAUAACUGAAGGUGUUACAAAUUGGGUAAUACAGUAUGUGUACAUGUCUGAGUUGUGAUUCUGAUUAUUGGUCUGUCUUAUCCAUGGGGGAGAAACAUCUAAAGCUUGGCUGUGCGCAGAAGAACGGUGUUGUAAUGUAGCUUAUCCAACUGGGUCAUACAGUCUUUCACUGAAGCACUUUCAUGUAUUUGAGUUUAUUUACUACAAAAUAAACGUAUUAUCUGUUGAAUGUGACUUAGUGUAAAAACCUUAAACAUUAUUUGAAUUGUUUUAAUAAACUUUAGGCCAAAACAGCAACAAACCACAAGAUGGCAAUUUUACAACAUCCAAAUAAGUAGUAAAUAAAAUCACAGAAAAAUAGACCACGUACAAUCUCAGAAAGUUGCAUUGAUAAUUUAGUUUA